AAUAUAUCACCGAAAAUGAAGUUCACCCUUUUCUGUGUUGCUCUGGCUGCUCUUAUGUCCAUGGGACAGUGUAAUCCGGACUUUCGCCAAAUAAUGCAGCAGUGCAUGGAGACGAACCAAGUGACGGAGGCCGAUCUCAAGGAGUUCAUGGCCAGCGGGAUGCAGAGCAAUGCCAAGGAGAACCUCAAGUGCUACACCAAGUGCCUGAUGGAGAAGCAGGGCCACCUCACCAAUGGCCAGUUCAAUGCCCAGGCGAUGCUCGACACCCUCAAGAAUGUGCCCCAGAUCAAGGACAAAAUGGACGAGAUUGCCUCGGGCGUGAAUGCCUGCAAGGACAUCAAGGGCAGCAACGAUUGCGACACCGCCUUCAAGGUGACCAUGUGCCUCAAGGAGCACAAGGCCAUUCCCGGACAUCACUAA